UGUCAAUACAUUAACCAUAUUUGAAUGUAAGUAAGCAAUGUUGGGGCAUAGUAGUAAAAGGGAGGUGCCACUAAUUCAACCACUCCAGUCGGUACCUGCCUCAUGCAUCCUGACGACAACCUGCCUCUGCUUGCCUCUGCUUGCUUUUGCCUGCCUGCCUUUGCCUGCCUUUAGGUAACCUUCCUUUAAGUAACCUUCCAGACUUUCCAACAUUAAGUCUUUGCAAACGACCUCCAUCGGGUUUAGGUAUUCUCUGACACCUCACUUCACUUCUCCUUUCACCACCAUUACUCCAUCGGCGUUCCAAGGUUCCUAUGUGCCACUAGACUUUUGAUUCGGCCGAACUAACUCAAACUAAUCAAACAAUCUCAACCUUUUAUAAUAUCUACCACACCAACUCACGAUAAAAAUAGGAGUUAAGUUAGCUGAAGGUCACCCACUCGGUUUUUAUCAUACUAUAUUGUAGUACUGCUCCACGCUUACGGUCUACUUACGAGGGUAGAUAAGGCCUAGAUCGGUAUUCCCUCCCCCAAGGGCCCAAACAGGGAGAACCAGUCCCCACGUCCUGUACAGCUCAGUGCCCAAUACGAACAUCACAUGCGCUAGAUCAAUGCAAGACAAUCUGCCCUACAAGCUGACAGGACGCUAUCUCAACUAGGAGACCCAAAUUCACCUAUAAGGCGUCGCACUUGGCAAUACGCGAGACAAGAUCUGACUUGACUUGACAAGACUUAUGCGCGCUAUUGAACACUCCAACGCUUGUACAACAAUGGUUCGACCAGAUUCUUUACCAGCUAGGCUGCCUCGUAUAAACCCGCCCUUGACAAGUAACAAUUAUCCUUCAGCUGUUCCCGACAUCUCUUCCACGCAGCGAAAAGGCCAUUCUUCACGCUCUUCGAAAACAAAUAUCGUCGAAGGUAACAAAAUGAUGCGCAAUAUUGAUCGACCCCCACCAGGCGACCCAACCGGCAGUCGCAAGUCCCAAGUACAUCCAGAGCUUAGCAAGAAACGAAGCGCCUACUUUGAGACUGAAUUCGCAGCAGCGAACCGGGGUCCGGACCCGGUUAAGGCUCGAAUACAGAAUGAAGCUAUUGUGAUGGCAGAUCUAAGGACAAAUGUCAUAAUCAAGGACGAAUUUUCUUUUAUAACUGAUCUCUCAUACAACCUGUCCAACAGGUAUCAGCGACCAAUAUCUUCAAUCGUCAUCAACUUGAACCAUGGCUGCUGCAUGAUGUUUGGGGGUUCCUUUGACCCAGCAUACACCUUAACUAUUCACGCGCUUCCGAGUCUCGUUCAGCCUACCACGAAUAAGAGAAAUGCGGCGCUUAUUCAGCGACAUAUUCAAGAGACCCUAGGUGUCGUGGCGUCGAGGGGUUAUAUACGCUUCGUCGCUACCCCCGAAGAGAAUGUUGCCAUCGGGGGCAAGACAAUUGCUGCUGAAAUAAACGAAUCCGGUAAUGCCAUGGCCGAUGACAAGCCCACCGAGACUAAAAGAAGUGCCAAGUCAAAUCGGAGGCUUGGUGUAAAGUCUUUUGGGGGUUUCAGAUCCGCUUCUAUGGCUGAUCUUGCGAGGGUUCCUACGCCACCCCCGAGUACCUCAGAUGAGACUGCACCCAUCACAACCAUUCCCGAAGUGCCUCCUACGCCGCCCGAGGACGAUAAGUUAGGCGACUUAAUUGAGCACAAGCCGGUCAAGACCGCAUCACGUCGCAGAAGCCUGAGAUUUGGUCUGUUUAGUGGGAAGACAGCAGUGUGAUAGAGUAACAGUCACAACCGCUUAUUACUGUUGUGACACUGAACCUUUUGGUUGAGAUGGCCUCAUUAUGUUGCAACACCUGGUUGAAUACUUUAGUUGCGUCGCAACUUUCAUAAUGCGACGAUAUUAAAUACGGGCUGGCGUACAUUGCAUUGCAUCGCUUGGGGGAAAGCGUUGCACUGGAGUUUGGGAGGGAGAAAUAAGCAUUCUAUCCCGUGGGACAUGAUAUUAUUGCUAUGUUGUAUGUGCGCGUGACGAAUUGCGAUCGGUGUAUGAUUUAUUGAGAAGCGAGUCCUGAUAAGCUAAUACCUAGGUAGGGUCGGUAGUUGAUAGUCUAAUGAGUAUAUCCCGCGGCAAAACAUAGCUACUUACCGAAUCAAUUAGAUUUUGUUAAGCUUCUUGACGAGGCGACCAGAGGCUGCCGUGUAUUAGGAUAUAUUUCUGAGGCAUGGAUGUUAGAAAGUGAAUGAGAGUGAGCGUCACUGCGUAAAACUGAAAGAGAGCAAGAGUGGUAGUUAUGUACCUAACAUAUAAAAUGAAAUUGAGCUUACUAAGGUUGGAUGGAUUGUGGUUUCUUGCUUGCCAGCUGAAAUCGCAUGGCUUCGGUCAGCUGAUAACUGUCAGAACAAGAUUGUCGCCAGCUGAUAGUAACUUCGUGCUCGUCCUCCCUCAAACUCCACCUUGUGCUCUAACUCUCACAUUUAUGAU